AACCUCUAAACCCAGCAAGUUUCUCUCAAUGAAUGUCAUUAGAUGAAGCCAUUGACCUACUCCCUGCUCAAUGGGUGUAUAACCACACCCUCUGUGCUCUCCAUUGGUUGUUAGGAGUUACUGGGAGUUCUCCACAGUCUGGAGGUGGCUGCCCUGGAGUUUUUUCCCCCUCUUUUAAAGCUUCUAAAACGGCUUCAUUCUUUCUGACACUUGUUGCAGCUGCUUGCGCAUCACCGAGAGAAAGAGAGAGAGAGAGAGAGAGACCAUCCGAACCGCUUCAGCCUCUCCUUUGGGAUUUCCCGCGGGGAGUGAUGAACUCCAUCGACCCUCAGUCUCAUCACCAGCACCAACACCAGCACCACACGUCCCCUACCGUCGGCUCUCUCCCACAUAAAGGCGCCCAGGAGUCCCCGGACAUGGCAGCCGCGGUCUACUGCGACAACCUGAGCAGCGUGUACCACCAGCAGAGCCUGCAGGGCGCGCAGAGACCCCCCAGCUACGGCCUCGGGGACUACGCGUCCUCGCCGAACCCGUACCUGUGGCUCAACGGGCCGGGUGUCAACUCCUCGGCGCCUUACCUGCACGGCAACAACCCGGCGCCGUUCAUGCCGCCCUCCUACGGCUCGCAGCGGCAGUUCCUGGCCAACUCGCCCGGGUUCGGAGGGCCCGACCUGGGCUGGCUGUCCAUCGCCAGCCAGGAGGAGCUGCUGAAGCUGGUCCGUCCGCCCUACUCCUACUCCGCUCUCAUCGCCAUGGCCAUCCAGAACGCGCACGAAAAGAAGCUGACCCUGAGUCAGAUCUACCAGUACGUGGCUGACAAUUUCCCGUUUUAUAAGAAGAGCAAAGCCGGCUGGCAGAACUCCAUCAGGCACAACCUGUCUCUGAACGACUGCUUCAAAAAAGUCCCGAGGGACGAGGAUGACCCAGGAAAAGGAAAUUAUUGGACAUUGGAUCCAAACUGUGAAAAAAUGUUUGACAACGGGAACUUCCGGCGGAAAAGGAAAAGACGGUCCGACCCGAGCCUUUCUGGAGGAGCUGCAGCCGCAGCCACAAAGCUUGAGGACGGCAGGCCGACGGUGGCCAGCUCGAUGAAGCCUUCAGACAGCCCCCAGCUCCUCGGGGCUUCAUCUCCAGAGUUGGAAGCGAUGAAUGAGAACCACAAAAGCUCAUCUUCAUCGCCGGCCGGACUGGCUUCGGCCUCCCCCUGUUUUAAUAACUUUUACGGCAACAUGUCCACGCUCAGCUCGGGCCCCCCUGGCCGACAGGGGUCCCUUGGACUGGUGAACGAACUGACAAACAGGAACAUAACGGCCCUGAGCCCGUACCACCCCGGCAGCAGCAGCGGGCCGGAGGCGGGGGCCCCGGACCACAGCGAGGGCCUGCAUUUUAACCGGGGAGUGUACUACAACACAUUCGGCAGCGGCCAGAGCGGACAGUUCAACACCCACUUCUACAACAGCUUCAGCGUGAACAGCUUGAUUUUUCCCAGGGAUGGGACCGAGCUCUAAGGGACAGCUGUACACCUGUUAGCAGACUUUCUCUGAGAAUCCCCUCCAGAACAAACACAUAUACUCACGCAUAUAACAUUUUCCUCAGAGCAGUCACAGCUCAGACAAAGCUGAUUAUCAUCAAAGAUCUUAAAAAGUCAAUAAAAAAACCUACUUAUUUCAAUUAAACCUAACAAAGCCAGAGCACUUGUCCUCCCAUUUUUAAUUAAAGUCACUUUUCAAUCCUCACACCAGAUAGUAAAGUUUCUUACAAAUUUAAAUUGACUUUUGCAUUUUGAAACCCUUGACAGUUAUAUGAGUUUCACAAGAUAAAAGGGCUUAUUCAUUAUGAACACAAAGCUGCCAAAGUUGCCUGCGACACCACCAAUACCUCAAAACAGCAAUCAUGUAUCAGAGUGGCCUGCCAAGGGUUGUAAUUAUCUGUUAGACAAACUCAGUUUUAUUAAAAUGUACACUUAUAUGUACUGAGAUACAGCUUGUCUUAUAUAACGGGGCCCGUUAGCGGGAUCAAUGUAUACUGGGCCUUAUACAAGUCACAGUUUACAAAUUGCUAAACUUUAGCUUUAUACGUUGACCACGGUUUAAAGUCCUUUUAAUGAGAUUGCAACAAAUGUGCCAGAGUUUUCCCUGCCUGUGUGGAAGAUAGAGCACACAGUAAUGCCCCUCCCCCACAUGUUACUGAACACUGCCUGUGAGCUGGCUGGGGGGGAAAAAAAACAACUAAAAUACUUUCCCAUGCUGGCAAAAAAGACAAAUUUGUGUGCUUUGCAAUAUUUCCGGUAGCAAGAUAUAACCACACAGUCAUAGUGUGGAAACUAAAGGAACCUCAACAACUAGUCUUAUUAACAAAAUGCUGUUUUUAAAACUGCACUUAGUAAGCCAAAAAGAGGAUUUCUGUUAAGCAACAAGCUGCAGACUCACUAAUUCAACUAGUUGCCAAGUAAAUAUCAGCUUUUUGUUCUUUUUUUUUUACUUUCCAACAAGCUGAACACCUAAAACGUAUACUAUUCUGCCCAACAAGCACUUGAAAACUACUGCUAAAUUUACCAGGUGCUUAUUCUCUAUGUUUACCUAAGACAGUGUACCAAGAUUAUAUUGACAAUGAAUAAAUGUCACAGGUAACAUUGUUAUAAUAGUGAUGAUCAAUAUAUUAUUUAAGCACCCGUAUGAAUAAUUAUUGUCUUUUCGGAUUUAAGUUAAAGCAGUUAGAUCAUGUUUUAGAUAUUUUGUUUUGAAAUCUUGUGUAAAUACUGUGAAACUGAUAUUCAUACUAAAGGUUAUCUCACUGAGAGACUCUCAUACCAGCCCAUGCCUGUUGCCUUAUUUCUGAUGUCUUCCUUGUUGACUGAAACCUCAGCACUGUAGCUAAUGUAAAUAUAUGUGGUCUUGAUUAGAUAUGUAUUUUUGUACAUUUUGAAAAUACUUUUGUGAAUAUUUAUGCUAUUUAUGUUCAUAGGAAUUUUCUACUGUUUGUCCAAAACACUGUCUGAUUAAUGAGGCAAACCUUAGCUACCACAAUGCAGCAAAAACCGUAACACCAAACCACAGAUUUUAUAAAUGUACAGUAUCUGUAAACAUAUUCAAAGUUCUAUCAUGUUUAUAUUCCUCAGGAUUCAGUCUGACAAUCAUUAAAUGGCUUUUAUAUCAA